AAAAAAUGUGGGAACUUAUAUUUUGAAGUGAAAUUUGUGUACGAUAAUCUUGGCGGCGCGUACGAGGGAGAGGCUGAAUGACAACACAGAUGGGCGUCCCGUGACUGGCCAGCUGAGACGAGUCCAUGGCUGCCAGCGACGAAGUGGGUAAGCUGCAGCAGCAUCUGUCCCUUCUACGUGAGCAGUAUGUUCGCCUGCAGGAGCGUUACACCGCCCUGGAGCAGCAGCAUGCCAUCGCUACUGCCGGCUGCCAGUCACCUGAGGGGGAGGACUCCUUCGUCACCAGGCUCCUGCGCUUCGUGGCAAACCUCUAUGACAAGGAGAAGUACAGCGACAUGAUUGUGCGCCUCAGCAGCCGAGACAUCCGGGCGCACCGCUUCGUGUUGGCGGCACGGAGUGACAGCUGGGGUGUCUCAACCUUGGCUGAGGUGGACAAUCUGGACUGGACGGGGCUGGAUGAGGAGGUGGGUGAGGCUCUGCUGCGCUGGGUCUACACUGAUCAGGUCACCCUGCCCAAAGAUCACACCUUCAUUCUCAACCUCAUGAGGGCUGCUGCGUCCUUCUCCCUCGUUCCCCUCAUGAAGCGGUGCGAGAAGGCCCUGAUCGGCUCGGUGGCGGUGAGGAACUGCGUGCGUCUAUACACCACCGCUGAUGAGAUUGGUGCCGAGACUCUGAGGGACCACUGCUCCACACUCAUCUCCACACACUGGAAUGACUUCACCCCCGAGGACUUCUCCCACAUGACUGCGCCGCUGCUGUACACUAUGUUCAAGUCCAAGACCAGCCACCCACUGCACGCCGCCAUCAGGCUGCAGCGCGAGGACGUGGUCUUCCUCUUCCUCAUAGAGUUUGAUUCCCAGUUGCCGGGGGUGCUGGAUGAGGCAGACAGUGCGGGAGACAUGGCCCUAGACUUGGCAUUGGUGGGGCGGCAGCACAGCAUUGCCGACACCCUGCUGAAACACGGCGCCUCGGUUACCACCACGGACCCCACCGGCGCCUCCCUGCUGCACCGGGCUGUCAGGAGGGGUGAUGAGUAUUCUGCCUCCUUCCUGAUGAGCCACGGGUGCUCUGUGAAUGUGGCCACGCUGCGAGAUGGCUCUACGCCCCUGCACACCCUCGCCAGCCAGGACUACCCAGACCCCCAGGUGCGGCAGGACAUGGUGAGGGUGGCGCAGAUGAUGAUUGAGAAAGGUGCUGACCCCAACAUCCAGGACAAGAACAUGAAGACAGUGAUGCAUCUGGUGGUGGAGGGAGAGAGAGAAGAGAUCUUCCGCGUCCUCAUUGAGCACGACAACCUCCGCCUAGAGCUGCAGGACAAGAGUGGCCUUCCCCCCCUGUGGUACGCCCUCACCUCCAGCACGGACUUCAGCGACACCUCCUACGCCUCACUCCUCAUCAAGAAAGGAGCUUCGCCUGAUGCUGUCACAGGAGACUCUUUUAGCAUGAAAAAAAAGAAGGUGCUGAGGUCCAGUGGUGAGACGCUGCUGCACAUGCUGGCGAGGAAGGGGCUGGAGGAGGCAGGGCUGUUCCUCACCACACAGGACGUCAAGUGUAACAUAGUGAAUGCCGAUGGUGAGACGCCCCUCCACGUGUCCUGCACCGCGGGUCUGCCCUCGCUCACCACGGCCCUUCUGCAGAAAGGAGCAAAUCCAAACUUGCAAACAUAUUCCUCCUCGCCGUCCAUGAAUUCAAGAGCAGCUAACAACGAUCCUUUUGCUGAGGACGAGUGGAGCAGCGACGGCAGCAGCCCCAAGGACAGCCCGACCUUCAAGGAGACAGGCCUUCACCGCGCCAUCAGGAACAAGAAUGAAGCAGACAUCAGGGCAAUACUGGACCACAAGGAAUACUGUGAGAACAACAAGUCUGAGCCUCUGCUGACCCCUGACCUGAACCUCCGUGACUCUGACGACCUGACCCCCCUGGGUGUGGCCUUGGGGACGGGCCAGAUCACGGUGGCCAAGCACUUGCUGGAGGCCGGGGCGGACAUCAACACCACCAACUCACAGGGCUACAGCCUCCUGCACCUGGCCAUCCAGGUCAAGAAUCAUGAUGUGGCCACCUUCCUCAUCAACAAUGGAGCAGAGACAAACUUAAGGACUCGAGAAGGUUUGUCUCCACUGGACCUGUGCAUCAGCGAGGAGUUUGGGGUGGUGGUGGCGCUGCUCUGUACCCAUAAAGCGGACCUCAACUCGCAGCGUGGCUCAGACCCUCCACUCUGGCAGGCACUCAACUCAAAGCAGGAGGAUGUCGCUUCAGUCCUUGUCCAGCAUCACGUGGAUACUGACAACUGGGGCGAGGGUCCCGAGGGUUGCCUCCAGACGCUUCUCCACAAGGCCAUUGACGAGAACCGGGAGGACAUCGCCGUCUUCCUGAUCCGCAGUGGCUGUGACGUCAACGCUGUGAGGAAGCCGGGGCCAGGAGGUGCGGGGGGUGAUGAGGCGCAUGACCUCAUGACGCCCCUCCAUCUCUGCUGCUCCUGGGGUCUGGAGGACACGACUCAGGCACUCAUUGAACAUGGGGCCAAAGUGAAUGCCAAGGAUGCAGAGAGCAAGGCGCCACUGCACCACGCCAUAGAAAACGCCCACACCAACAUUAUCUCCCUGCUCCUGUCCCAUCCCGCCCUGGACCUCACUGUUAGAGAUAAGACUGGGGUCACGCCUUUUGCUGCGGCCAUGAGUCGAAAGAAUAACAAAGCCGCCAAGGCUAUUCUUAACAGGGAGUCCAAGGCUGCGGAACAGUAUGACCACAAGGGCCACAACUUCCUGCACCUGGCCAUCCUCAAGAAGGACAUGGAAAGCCUGCUGUUCCUGCUCAGCAUUAACGUGGACAUGCACACCCGUACGCAGGACCAGCAAUCCUACACGCCGCUGCACCUGGCCGCCACGCUGCAGGGGUCUGAGAUGAUUGUUCGCAACUUGCUGCUGGCGGGGCGAGAGGCCAUCAAAGAGCUCACGCCACAGAAGCAGACGGUGCUGCACUUGGCAGCGGCCCACGACCAGCCACAGCUUGCCUCCAUCUUCAUCGAGAAUGGUGUGCAGGUGGACGCCGUGGAUGACAACCUCAAUAAUGCUCUCCAUGUGGCUGUCAAGGAAGGGCACUUGGCUGUGGUGAAGGUGCUGCUGACAGAGUCUCAGAUAAACGCUGGAGCCGUCAACCUGAGGGGUCAGAACCCCUUGCAUGUGUUGGCCAACUACCCCAAAGACAAUGCUGCGGCCAUCGCUGAGGUCUUCCUGGAAGCCAUGCCAGACUAUGACCUCAACAGGGUGGAUGUGGAGGGAAACUCAGCCCUGCUGCUGGCAUACAUGCGCGGUGCCGGCCAGUUGUGCCGGGUGUUGGUGCGGUCUGGGGCUUGUCUGGGCACCACCAACAAACAUGGUGUCAACAUCUUUAAUUAUCAGGUUCCCACCAAAACACUGCUGUUCCGCCUGCUUGACGUUCUGUCUGCUGAACCACCCUGGAGCGAGGGGGAGCUCUGCAUGGAGUGUGGCACCAAGUUUGGGAUAGCCACACGCAAGCACCACUGCCGUCACUGUGGCAGGUUACUGUGCAGCCGGUGCUCGGACAAAGAUGUUCCUAUCCUCAAGUUCUCCCUCAAUAAGCCAGUGAGAGUGUGCCAGACUUGCUUCGACGUCCUCACGCUUGGUGCAGCAUCUGUCUCCUACUAACAGUUUGUGGCAUAAAGGUGAUGUAGUUGUUUUCUAUGCACAGGAUGCUGCCUGUGUGUUGUUUGCCUUAGUAUUUGAGCAAUGAAAUGUCUGUUGACGAAUGAGACUUUCAUGCAACUAGUGAAAAGCUUCUUUUAGAGAAACUUUUGAAGGAUUGCAGCUUCCAUUGCAGUUGUCAAGUUAACUUAUAUAU